AUGUGGGAUAGACCGAGCAUCGAAAUCCCGAGGGAAGGACAUACUGGUUUAAUACCUGGCACUCGUGAAAGUGUCUGGGAGAAGCCAGAUGACUUGAAGACUCCAUUUGAGAAAGCUCUCGGGGAGACAAAGUGGAAAGAAUACUUCUCCGGGGGCAGGAAGUAUUAUUAUAAUACUGAAUCAAAAGAAUCAAAAUGGGACAUGCCAGACGAGCUGCUCCUACUCCUGGAAAAAGUCGAGAAGGAGAAGCAAAACAGUCAACUUGUGGUUGCUGGCUCCAUUCCCACACCAUCUGCUUCAAAUCCUGCUCCGACAGCCCCAGCGCAGCCUGACGGCACCGUAGCCCUCGCAGGCUCUGGCGCGCUUCCCUUCAGUAACACAGGUGUUCUCCCUGCACGGCCGAACCUUCCGGAUGACCCUACCAUUCCUCACAACGGUUUCGCCACCUUUGAGGAGGGUGAGAAAGCUUUUAUGCAUCUCUUGCGCAAGGCGGGCGUUGACGCAGACUGGACAUGGGACCAGACUAUGCGCACCAUCAUCACGGAUCCGUUGUACAAGGCCUUGAACUCACUAGCUGAGAAGAAAGCAACUUGGCAGAAGUACACAGAUGGUCUGCGUCAGAAGGAAGAAGAAGAGCGUGAAGCACGGCUUUCGAAGCUCCGCCCAGCUAUACGCAACAUGCUCAAGGGCAAUCCGAGCGUGUUUCAUUACACUACGUUCGCUACUGCGGAUAAAUUGUUCUCGCAGCAUCCCAUAUGGCAGCAAGCUCGUAUCGAGGCUGAGCGAAGGCUGAUAUUCGAGGAGUACGUGGCAGAGCUCAAGCAACGUGAAGUGCAAGAAACCCGUGCUGCGCGCACGCGUGCGACCUCCAAAGUCGUGUCUCUUUUCAAAGAACUCGAUGUGGAUGUCCUCACACGUUGGCGCAAGGCCCACGAAAUGGUCACUGAGUCCCCCGACUGGCAAGCUGAUCCCGAGCUGCGCAAGCUUCCUACGCUAGACAUCCUCCUUGCGUUCGAAGAUUACUCGCGUGUCAAAGAACGUGAGUUUGAAGAGCAGAUGCGUCGCGCACAAGUUGAGAAGACACGCGAGGAGCGCAAAGCCAGAGAGGCGUUCAAGGCAUUGCUGCAGGACCUCGUGACUGCUGGAAAAAUCAAGGCGCGCAGCAAAUGGCGUCAUGUUUACCCGACUUUUGCUUCUGAUCAGCGAUACCUCAAUAUACUCGGCAAGCCUGGAUCGAAUCCCUUGGAACUCUUCUGGGAUGCUGUCGACGCACUUGACCAGAGGCUCGAUGCUAAGAUCGCUGUUGCUGAGGAGUGUGCCAGGCGUGGCGAUGACCCCAAUACCAUGGAUGUAGUGAAAAGUGAUAAGGAGAAAGAAACUGUGAGCGUGGUGAGCGUGCAGACGACAUUCGAAGAGUUCAAGGCUCGCGUGAGGAGGGAUCCCGACAGCGUAGGUAAGCUCAGGGAGGAUGAUUUACGCGAGGUGUAUGACACGGUCCACGAUCAAGUCGUGAAGAAGCAGAAUGAAGAAAAGCGCCGCGCAGAGAGGAGGCAGAGGCACCUGCAAGAUGAUCUUCGCUACGCGAUGAAGAAGCUUCCCGAGCCGCUUGACAUCACGUUGUCCUAUGAAGCUGCUGUCCCCUUCAUCGAGAACCUCCCUGAGUACAAAGCCCUAGACGAUGAGGAGGGUCGACGUUUAGCCUUUUUCAAGUUUGUGAAGAGGCAAAAGGAACGACUACGUGAGGCUCUGUCGGAAGAUGGUGCUUCAACCACGAGUAGACGUCGCAAGGACCCCGAGCGCGAACGUGAGCGGGAUCGUGACCGUGACCGCCGCGAUGACCGUGACAGAGAGAGAGACCGCGAGCGAGAUCGUGAGCGGGACCGUGAGCGGACAGGAGACAUCACCAUCGCGAGGACCAUGAUGGGUACCAUGGGCGUGACAAGGAUGGGCAUGGCGAGCGGGAAAGGGAAAAGGACCGACCGUGAACGUGAAAGGGAGAAGGACAGGGAAAGAGACAGAGAUCGCGAGCAUAAACGGCAUUCGCGAGACGAGCGGGAUGGUAAGGAUGAACGCAAACGUAGGAAAGGUUCGAGGGAGCGUGGUUAUGGGCGGACUGAUGCGCCUCCAUACGGUGAUGAGGAAGAGGCUGAUCAUGUAGGGGAUAAACCUGAACAGAGCAGAGAACGGAAACGGGGCUCUGAUAGGGCACAUAGUGAACGCGCUGAAAAACGUGCUCGUUAUGAUCCUGAUAUAGAUUCUAGGGAAGAACGCGGAGAACGAUCCCGGAGGGCGGAAACGCCUGAAGAAGGGGAGAUAUGA